GGAUCCAAGGCAAGUAGCUGCAUUGCAUAAGCCUUAUUAAAUUUGUUGUUGUUGUUUGAAUAGUUGAACACUUCAUCUUCUUGCAAACCCUUGAAUUAAAAAAUCGCCGGCGAAGAUGAUGCACAUGACCUUUUACUGGAGCCGGAAGGUCAAUCUCCUGAUCGAUUCCUGGAAGACCCAGGAUUGGACCGAUUAUCUCCUUACCCUUCUUGCAUGUCUGGUCGUUUCCGCUUUCUACCAGUUCAUUGAGAAUCGCAGAAUUCGCCUCAAGCUCAUCGGUGCCGGAAAGCCCUUCCCGGCGGAGAUCCAGACCCCUCUGUUGCAGCGGAAGCUCACCGGAAACGGCGCCAAGUUGGGGGUGAAGGUCGCCGGGGCGUUUCUCUUUGGGCUGAGCUCGGCCAUCGGGUAUUUGUUGAUGUUGUCGGUUAUGUCCUUCAACGGAGGGGUCUUCGUUGCCAUUGUUGUGGGUCUCGCUGUUGGUUACUUUUUCUUCAGAAACGAGGGUGAAGAUUCCAUUAUUGCUGACACUUCUUGCGCCUGUGCUUAAAUUUAGUCACUUUUAAAUCUUUCGAUCUUCUCUGCUGAAUAUCGUACUUGUUGUUUAUUAUUCCCUAUUUUAAUUUAGCCCUAUUGAUUAUGGAUGUGUAAUGAAUUGUAAUUAUUGGUAAUUGUGAUCAUGGGAGGUGGGAACCCUGGAUUGAUUCUAAAGUUUAAUAUAUUUUGUGGCAGCUUUUUAUUCCCAGACAAAUCGGUUGUGAGAAAAA